GUUCAUUUCUCCUUAGUUUUGCAGCUUAACGAAAUCAGAAAAAAUGGUGUCGUUGAAGCUUCAAAAGCGGUUAGCCGCAAGUGUACUAAAGUGUGGAAGAGGCAAAGUUUGGUUAGAUCCUAAUGAAGGCAACGAAAUCUCUAUGGCUAAUUCUCGUCAAAACAUCAGAAAGUUGGUGAAGGAUGGUUUCAUCAUCAGGAAGCCAACAAAAAUUCACUCAAGAUCUCGUGCUCGCAGAAUGAAGGAAGCCAAGAGGAAAGGCCGUCACUCUGGAUACGGUAAGCGCAAAGGUACCAGGGAGGCUAGACUGCCUACCAAGGUGCUUUGGAUGAGGAGACUGAGAGUCCUUAGGCGCUUGCUUCGCAAGUACCGUGAAUCAAAGAAGAUUGACAAGCACAUGUAUCAUGACAUGUACAUGAAGGUCAAGGGUAAUGUUUUCAAGAACAAGCGUGUGCUGAUGGAAAAUAUCCACAAAACUAAGGCUGAGAAGGCCAGAGAAAAGACCCUGUCUGACCAAUUUGAGGCCAGGAGGGCAAAGAACAAGGCAAGCAGGGAAAGGAAGUUUGCUAGGAGAGAGGAGCGUUUGGCUCAGGGACCAGGAGGGGCAGUACAACCUGCAGCACCGGCCGCUGCUGCUCCCCCAGCCCAGCCUGCUCAGGUAUCUAAAAAAUCAAAGGAGUGAGCAUGAUGGUUUGCAAUGAGGGUUGGCGCUAUGCUUACUUUUUGUCCUUGUUAGUAUGGCAGUUUAGUAUGUUUGAUCCGUUCCCUUUUUGUUCUUUUCACUUUGGAAGACAAUGUUACUUGUAUGAAUUUGGAAGAUGGUUUAAAGUUUUGAUACCUUGUUUCUCAGUAA